GACCUUGCAACUUUCUGUAAUAGUAUAUAGAGAAUACACCCAUGUAGAUAUAAAGGCUGUCGCUGUGGUUCUGCGUGUUUCAUUUCCUUGUUUGACAUCGCGCGCGAAGUGCCGGUGAGCAUCCGAGUGUGGUAAAUCAAGCAAAGAUAGAACACAGUACACUUUGCAGAAAUGGCCCUAGAGACACCGACAUGGAUGAAUCUAUGCUUCGUUGAGAAGAUCCUGCGAAAAUCGGAGGGCGACAAUUCGAUCCAGGUGACCGAUGUAUUCACGAAACCGGCCACGAAUAAAGGCGACAACUACACCAGCGAUAUGUUCAGGGUUAAUAUCGAAUUCACGCACGGCCAGGAUGAAAACAAGAUCACGGACAAGAAAUCGAUCAUCAUCAAGGUCGCGCCUAUAGCCGAGGGCGUGCGUCAGGAUCUUAUUGAGAAAGCGGAUUUAUUUGGCGUAGAGAUACUGAUGAUGACGGAUACGUUGAAAAAGAUGAAUAAGUUACUAGAACCCAAGUACCGCGUGAGCGGGAAGUGUUUGUACGUGCAAAAGAAUCCAACGCUUUUAGUAAUCGAAGAUCUCGCAGUUCUCGGCUUUCGUAUGGCUUGUCGUCAGUCCGGACUUGACUUAGAUCACUGCGUUCUUGCGCUUCGCGGACUGGCGAGGUUUCACGCGGCCUCGGUAGCCAUAUGCGAGAAGGAACCAAAUCACAAAAAUAUAUAUACGAAGGGAAUGUUUAGCGCUGAUUAUCCCACAAAUUUUAGAUCAUUUUUCAUUCAGAGUACUCAUAUUUUAGCGAAAGAAGCGGAGAAUUGGCCGGAAGUAAAAAGAUACGUAGGAAAAUUAUCCAAUCUCGCUGAUCGCAUAUAUCAAAUAGGAAUAGACAUGUGCAAGGUAUCGGAAGAUGAAUUCAACGUCAUCACUCACGGUGAUUUCUGGGUAAACAAUAUGUUGUUCAAAUACAACAAUGAAGGCAAACCCAUUGAACACAUUAUGGUGGACUUCCAAAUAUGCAAAUACUCAACGCCUGCGAUCGAUCUGCACUAUUUUUUUAACACGAGCCCAGCUCCGGUCGUUUACGAGAACCACAAGAGCGUUCUGCUGAACGAGUAUUGUAACACCUUGGCGUCGACAAUGAAGCAACUCAACUGCAAAACUCGACCGCCCACCAUGGAGGAGCUGAAAACCAGUUUAAAGCGAAGAGCCGCCUAUGGAAUGAUAGCGGCCUUCACCGUGUUGCCAUUGAUGCUGAUCGAAAAAGACAAUGUAAAAGAUUUGGACGAGAUAAUGGGCAAAGACGGUAGUGUCGAGAAUCCGGCUUAUAAGAACGAGGCUUAUCGCAAAGUAAUAACAAAAAGAAUACCUUUGUACGACGAAUGGGGUUUGUUAGAUCCUUAGAUGUGCAACAUUCUACAAUAAAGAUUAGUCUCGUCUUGAAUGUCGACUGUAGAAAAAAUUCUCGGUAUUGUUCUUAGAAUAUACAUUGACAAGACACGAUGACGUCGAUAGUACAAACGUGUAUCGAACUUCACAAUAUUCUGUCCGAUUAUUACAAUGCAAUGUGUUAUUAUUUUGUAAGAUAUUAACUUUUGUAAGAUAAUUAACCAAAUAAUUACCCUGUAGAUACGACAAAUAAUUUGCAUAAUUCUGACGCGUCUUCAUCUUUGUAUUAACGAAGUAUAUCGCCGAUCUAUAAAAUCGGCUUUUUCUGUAAAUAAAAUGCGAGAUCACGCGAAAAAAAAAAAAGAACUUAAUUACUAUUCUUUAAUAAUAUAAUUCAGUGGAAUUUUACUCUGUUUUUCUACGCAUGAGAUUUGCAAGCAAUUCUUUUUACGCGAAGCGAGAGAGAUUACAUAAAGUUUGACCUCUCUCUCUCUCUCUCUCUUCUCGUUGACUUAGAUUAACAUGGAUUACUUCGAUUAUAGGUCACAUUAAAAAACAUAGAGGAUUCUACAUUUUAAUAUCUUGGGAGUAGUAAACCUGCGCUGUGGCUUGUUUAAUUACACGUAUAUACAUACAUUGCGCUACAAAGACUUCCGUUCUUACUUCGCAAUUUAAAGAGCUUCGAGUUCUUUUCCAUAAACUUCGAGACUUUCGUCUCAUUGAUUUUCAACGUGUCGCGAUAUUAAAUUACUUACAUAUAAAUUUUUGAUGUAUUACAAAAUUAUAAUCUCAAUUUUUUACACCGAGCCAAGUUGAUUACGUUGCUACAUCCCUCGCGCGAAUAUUGUAAAAAGGCGCAGCUAGAAAUAUUUAAACUCAAAUUGAACUUUCGCAACGUAAUUCCGGCGAUUUGAAUAAAUCUGCGCGACACAGUUUUGCGUGCACAUCCGCCAUUUCGCGAAAACAAAUAACGCGAGACGUGAAAAACAAAGAAAUGGAACGAAACACGGUAUUGCGCGCAUCCUGCGAUGCAUAUCUAUAUUUUGCGAAUUAAUUGCGUUACUCUAGAUGAAAUAUUUGGCGAAAAAAAACAAAAACAAAAUAAGUGUGUAACACAUAAAGC